CGGAAGUGUGUUUCGGGGCACCGGAAGCCACUGCAGAGAGCAAUGGCGGGAUUGACUGUGAGGGACCCUGCUGUGGAUCGUUCUCUACGUUCUGUAUUCGUGGGUAACAUUCCUUAUGAAGCUACUGAAGAGCAGUUGAAGGACAUCUUUUCUGAGGUUGGACCUGUUGUUAGUUUCAGAUUGGUAUAUGAUAGAGAGACAGGAAAACCAAAGGGUUAUGGCUUCUGUGAAUACCAAGACCAAGAGACAGCUCUUAGUGCCAUGCGGAACCUGAAUGGACGUGAAUUCAGUGGGAGAGCACUUCGAGUUGACAAUGCUGCCAGUGAAAAGAACAAAGAAGAGCUGAAGAGCCUUGGCACUGGUGCCCCUGUCAUUGAGUCACCUUAUGGAGAGACGAUCAGUCCUGAAGAUGCCCCUGAGUCCAUUAGCAAAGCAGUUGCCAGUCUUCCACCAGAGCAGAUGUUUGAGCUGAUGAAACAAAUGAAGCUCUGUGUCCAGAAUAGUCCCCAGGAAGCACGGAACAUGUUGCUGCAGAACCCACAGCUGGCUUAUGCUUUGCUGCAGGCACAGGUAGUGAUGAGAAUUGUGGAUCCAGAGAUUGCCCUGAAAAUUCUGCAUCGCCAAACCAAUAUCCCAACACUGAUUACGGGCAAUCCUCAACAAGUCCAUGGCGCUGGGCCUGGUUCAGGAGCCAAUGUAUCAGUGAAUCAACAGAAUCCUCAAGCCCCUCAGGGCCAGGCUUUGGGUGGAAUGCAUGUCAAUGGCGCGCCUCCACUGAUGCAAGCUUCCAUGCAAGGUGGGGUUCCAGCACCAGGGCAGAUCCCAGCUGCUGUAACAGGACCUGGCCCUGGUUCCUUAGCUCCUGGAGGAGGAAUGCAAUCUCAGCUUGGAAUGCCAGGAAGUGGACCAGUGUCCAUAGAACGUGGACAAGGAACCCUACAACACUCGCCAGUGGGACCCGCCGGGCCUGCAUCAAUUGAGCGAGUUCAAGGGCAGAGAACAUGGAUGAUAUGGGCAUCUGUCCGAGGCUGUACUCCCUCCCUACUGGUGUCAGGAGGCUUGGAUGGAAUAGCAGUCUUGCCGAUGCAAGACCCUAGAGCCGCUAUGCAGCGGGGCUCCUUGCCUGCCAAUGUCCCAACUCCUCGAGGUCUGUUAGGAGAUGCUCCAAAUGACCCACGGGGAGGCACUUUACUCACUGUAACUGGAGAAGUAGAGCCUAGAGGUUACCUGGGACCACCUCAUCAGGGUCCACCUAUGCACCAUGUUCCUGGCCAUGAAGGCCGUGGACCACCCCCACAUGAAAUGAGGGGAGCGCCUUUAGCUGAGCCCAGACCUUUAAUGGCAGAACCAAGAGGACCUAUGCUAGAUCAAAGGGGUCCACCCAUGGAUGGCAGAGGUGGAAGAGAUCCACGGGGAAUAGAUGCACGAGGGAUGGAGGCCAGAGCUAUAGAGGCAAGAGGUUUAGAUGCCAGAGGAAUGGAUGCCCGUGCGAUGGAAGCUCGUGCUAUGGAAGCCCGCACCAUGGAGGCCCGCGCCAUGGAGGCCCGUGCCAUGGAAGUCCGAGGGAUGGAGGCCAGAGGCAUGGAUACCAGGGGCCCAGUGCCAGGCCCUAGAGGACCUAUACCUAGUGGAAUCCAGGGCCCCAGUCCAAUUAACAUUGGAGCAGUUGGCCCCCAAGGAUCUAGACAGGUCCCAGUCAUGCAGGGAACAGGCAUACAAGGACCAAGCAUGCAGGGUGGAAGCCAGCCUGGUGGAUUUAGUCCUGGGCAGAACCAGGUCACACCACAGGAUCAUGAGAAGGCUGCUUUGAUUAUGCAGGUCCUUCAACUGACUGCAGAUCAGAUUGCCAUGCUGCCUCCUGAGCAAAGACAGAGUAUCCUAAUCUUAAAGGAACAAAUACAGAAGUCCACUGGAGCACCUUGAAAGGUUUUCAAAAAUACUAAGCAACAAUUCUGGAAAUUAAUUCCAUAACAUUGAGGAAAUGUUGAAAAUAGUUGACUUCUGCAUCCUAACCCUUGAAUGACUCAAAUUGGUGCCAGGUGGAGGACUCAUCACCUUCUCACGGAACAAAAUCAGUUCCUUUCAUUGUUUUAGUUUGUAUAUUUUCUGUGACCUGAAAUAAACUUUGAACACAAUUUUAGUAUAC